AUGGAGAAAGGGCGGAAUGGAAUGGACUCACUAGAUGAAAGAUUCGAGUUGGAGGUCAAGUGCCUGUACAAUGAGGAAGAUGGGCAGGAUGGCGUAGAAGAGCGCCGACGCAAUGUCCAGCGCCGAUACCGCAAAGCCCAGGCCUGCCAGCUGUGUGAUUGUGAGACACCUGCCCGUGCCAUCACCCCAGACGGCCUUGAGCGGGAUGCACUGCAGCACAUCGACGAGAAGGCAGCCCAGAGCGAGGCGCUGGAUCUUAGGCUUCCCCUGGACAAUACGGUGCAGAACAAGCGCGCAACUGAUUCGCACGACAGGGAAUCCGGCGACGUAGGUGACCUGAGCAAUGGUGAAGUAUCGGGAAGCCUCCAUCUGAUUGUAUUUGGCGAAGGUGGCAAUGACAGCUGGGUCGCUGAGGCCGAAGCCAUAGUCGAGAGAUACGAAGCAAAAGGUACACAUGAGAACGAAGGCAGCGACAGCGACAGCGAUGACAUAGUCGUCGUAUCCGAGCCUGGUCAUCUUCAGGCGCACGAUCAUUCGGAGGAGCACAAUGGCGACGUCGACGGCGAUGAACGCCGCCAUCAAGGAGGGGAGAGUGUCGCGCACCGCCAUGAUUCCGGUCUUGUGUGGGUUGAUUCCGUUGCUGACUGCUCUCCAAGACCGGAGGGGAAGAGAGUUAAAAGGUCUUCAAGAUCCCCUUUCUCCUGGAUGAUCGAUGUCACCGGCUCCGGGGGAGGGGCCACAAGGCGAAACAACCCAUUCCUUUGGGCCACUGCCGAGGGGUAA